UACAGAAAUCAUAAACCAAUGCUGUCACUGUAGGUGAAAAAGCUUAUUUUUAAAAAUUUAUUUUUUUGAUGAUUAUUACCAAAUAUCGUCAAAAAAAAAUCUUUCUUCAAAUAUCAAGAAAGAGAAAAUAUAAAUUUGCUCUUCAAUGAAAUAUAAAAUACUUCAAAAAGAGGAAAUUUCUCUCAACUAUAGCAAGAACCAGUGAUUCCUUAGUAACAGAAUUGUGGAGAAAAUAUUAGUUUUAAAAUGACAACAAUACGAGUUCAUGGCGGAAUCGAUAUUUUACGAUUACCAGUAAAUGAAGAGGAACAUGUUUUUCCACCUUGGCACAUAAAAUACACUCAAUCACAUAUUCUUCAUUCAAAAUGCUCAAAAUCUGAAGAAGGUUGCUCAGCUGAGGAUUCAUCGUCAUGUCAAUUUUGCAUAUUCAAUCGAACUCUCGAGAUGCCACACAUGCCCGAUAUGGUUUUUCCAAAUAAUAUUUUACUUUUGAAACACAAGGAUGGUGCAAUAUUGAAAUUUAACGCACUCGAUGCUUUAACACGCGUUUCAAAUGGAAAAAUUAAUAUACAAUUAGCAUGUGCAGAAGCUUGGAAAGAGUCCAGAGCUGAGAGUAAAGAAUAUUUGGAGGAAAAGGUAAAACCAUUUGAUUGGACAUUUACGACAGAUUAUAUGGGAACAAUGUCGGGUUUUGAAAUUGAAGAAACUGAUGAACGCAUAAAUGUCGAGAAUUUAAAAAGAAAGGACAAAAUUUUGUUUUACGUUGAUUUAACACUUUUUGAAGAUGAAUUACACGAUAAUGGAAUUGCGGCCUCUUCGAUAAAAAUGAGAGUGAUGCCUACGAGUUUUUUUAUAUUGCUCCGUUAUUUUUUGCGAAUUGACAAUGUAAUGUUGAGGGUAAACGACACACGAAUUUAUCAUGAAUUUGGAGACAAUUAUCUUCUACGAGAAUUUACUUCAAAGGAAGCUAAAGUUCAAGACAUUCGGGCCCCACCAUGUUUGUUUACGGAACCAAAUGAAAUAGCCCCCCAUCUUCCAUUAAAGGAAAGUCGCUAUCAUAAAUUGAUAAUAUCAUCAAAAACUUCGACUGACGUAAAUUCAAUGACUUCAGUUGAGGAAAAUCUCACAGUAAAUAAGUGUGAUUUAAAAUCAACAUCAAGUGUUGAAAGUGAUCAAGAAAAAAUGUCAAAAGAAACUGAAAUUAGUUCUGUUACUUAAAAAAAAAAAAAGAAAAAGAAAAA